AUGGUCAAGGCUGCGAGUCUCCUCGGCAGGAGGGCCAUCGCCAGGCCUAGGUGGUCCCCGCAGUCCCCCGAGACGGAGCUUUUGGAGGUGGAGCGGCACUGUAACGAGGUUCUCCUGGCAGCGGAGCGUCUAGUCGAGUUCUCGACUUGCCUGGAAGAUGAGGCCUUGUACGGCCUCAUGUCCUCGCUGCAGGCGCUAGCAGUGGUCGACCUAGCCAACACGUCCACCGUGCUACCGCAGGAGCGCUCUGUGGCCAGAGAGCGAGAGGCGGGGAAGGUGAUCGGGGCUUCGAGGCUGGGCCGAAUUUCGCCGAAAACGGCGCGGAGCGCCUAA